AUGUCGGAGGAUUUGACCAAGAAGACCGAAGAAUUGUCUCUCGAGAACGAAAAGACUGUCUUGAGCAGCAAGGAGGAAUUCACCGCCAAGCAUCCCUUAAACUCCAAAUGGACCUUGUGGUACACAAAGCCCAUGACCAACAGGUCCGAGACUUGGCAGGAUUUGUUGAAGCCAGUGAUCACUUUCAGUUCCGUCGAGGAAUUCUGGGGCAUUCACAAUUCCAUUCCAACCGCCUCGCAGUUGCCCUUGAAGUCCGACUACCACUUGUUCAAAGAAGGUAUCAAGCCAGAGUGGGAAGAUGAGGCCAACGCCAAAGGUGGCAGAUGGCAAUACUCUUUCAACAAUAGACGCGACGCUCUUCAGGUCAUCAACGACUUGUGGUUGCGUGGUCUUUUGGCUGUCAUUGGUGAGACCAUCGAGGAUGACGAGAACGAGGUGAAUGGUAUUGUCUUGAAUGUUAGAAAACAGGCUUUCCGUGUGGGUAUCUGGACCAGAGAUUGUGAUGAGUCGAGAUUGGUCACCAUCGGCGAGAGAUUUAAGAGAGUUUUGAGAUUGCCUGACGACCAGAAGGUAGAGUUUAUGUCUCACGACACCUUCAACGCCAAGGGCGACCCCCAAAUUUCCAUUUAA